UUCAAACGCCUGCAUUGAUUCUCACCUUCCAACUCCCACGUUUCACAGCUUUCCUUUCUCUCUGCACUUCUUCUUUGUCUUAAACAAGAAGGAAACUCAACUCCAUUGAAGCAUUUAUGCUAAAAAGUGUGAGAUAUAUUUGAACAAAUUUUUCGUGUUACCGAUUUUAUUGGUUGAGCUGAGUUAGGCGGUUAAUGGCGUCUUCUAGAGGGAGAAGUACUUCGCCAUUUCACAACCGUAAGUCUUCGAGUCCGUACUCAUCCACGUCAUCAUCGUCAUCCUUUAUGAAUGGUAAGCUCAUACCUCGAUCCAGCUCCUCCACAACGACGUCGUUUUUUGGCUCCAAAUCGGUGACUCCUAGUCGCAAUUCGGAGUAUUCAUUAGGUUAUGGAAAUCGGACACCGGUUAGUUAUCAGUCAACUGAGGAUUUGAUUGCUGAGCCAGUUGUUGAUAUGUCCAGAGCUGGAGAGAGUAUUUCAGUUACAGUUAGGUUUCGGCCGUUGAGUGAGCGAGAAUACAACAAAGGCGAUGAAAUUGCGUGGCAUCCUGAUGGUGAUAAAAUUGUACGGAACGAGUAUAAUGCUGCAACAGCUUUUGCAUUUGAUAGAGUUUUUGGACCUGAUACAUGUACACAGGAGGUUUAUGAAGUUGCUGCUCGACCAGUGGUAAAGGCUGCAAUGGAGGGCAUAAACGGCACAGUAUUUGCUUAUGGUGUUACAAGUAGUGGAAAGACACACACUAUGCAUGGAGAUCAAAUUUCUCCAGGUAUAAUUCCGCUCGCAAUAAAGGAUGUUUUCAGCAUUAUUCAAGAUACUCCUGGACGUGAAUUCUUACUUCGUGUAUCGUAUCUUGAAAUCUAUAAUGAGGUUAUCAACGACUUGCUGGAUCCAACGGGACAGAAUUUGCUUGUUAGGGAAGACACCCAGGGUACUUAUGUUGAAGGUAUAAAGGAGGAAGUUGUUUUGUCACCUGGGCAUGCUCUUUCGUUUAUUGCUGCUGGGGAAGAGCACCGCCACGUUGGUUCAAAUAACUUCAAUCUGUUUAGUAGCCGCAGUCACACAAUAUUCACCUUGAUGAUUGAAAGUAGUGCCCAUGGCGAUGAAUAUGAUGGAGUGAUCUUCUCACAGCUUAACUUGAUUGAUCUAGCUGGAUCUGAGAGCUCUAAAACUGAAACUACUGGGUUACGAAGAAAAGAAGGAUCGUACAUAAACAAAAGUCUACUGACUCUUGGAACUGUCAUUGGAAAAUUAAGUGAAGGGAAGGCAUCUCAUGUUCCCUAUCGAGAUUCUAAACUUACUCGCCUGCUACAAUCUUCACUCAGUGGGCAUGGACAUGUUUCUCUCAUAUGCACCGUUACUCCUGCUUCAAGCAAUAUGGAAGAAACCCAUAAUACGUUAAAGUUUGCAAGUAGGGCUAAGCGUGUCGAGAUUUAUGCAUCUCGCAACAAGAUUAUUGAUGAGAAAUCGCUGAUCAAGAAAUAUCAGAAAGAAAUAUCUUGUCUCAAGCAAGAGCUUGAUCAGCUAAGAAGAGGGAUGCUUGUAGGAGUCAAUCCUGAAGAACUUAUGACCUUGAAACAGCAGUUGGAAGAGGGACAAGUGAAGAUGCAGUCAAGGUUGGAAGAGGAGGAGGACGCCAAGGCUGCUCUACUGAGCCGGAUACAGAAGCUAACUAAACUGAUCCUUGUUUCUUCAAAAAAUACAAUUCCUGGGUAUUUGGGGGAUGCUGCUGCACAUCAGAAGAGUCGAUUUGCUUCUGAAGAUGAUAAAUUGGAUCGUUCUGUGCCCAGAGAUAGCGAGAAUCAAAGAGAUUCUUCAUCAGAGAUUUCUGAUUUCAAACACAGAAGAGUUUCUAGCAAGUGGAAUGAUGAUAUCUCCCAGGCUGUCGGCGUGAUUACAGAAUCAACUCAGGCGGGUGAACUUACCAGUGGUUCUUCCUGUGGUUCGAAGCUGCCUAUAGAAGGAGUUUCAAUGUCAGAUCAGAUGGACCUCCUAGUUGAGCAAGUCAAGAUGCUUUCUGGAGAGAUUGCAUUCAGUACGAGUACAUUGAAACGAAUGAUGGAGCAGUCUUUGAAGGAUCCUCAGAAUUCAAAAACUUGUACUGAUAUUCAAAAUUUGGAGCGUGAGAUUCAAGAAAAGAGAGAGCAGAUGAAGAUCUUAGAACAGCGUAUUGUUGAAAAUGGUGAAGCAUCAAUCACCGGUGCAUCUUUAGUUGAAAUGCAGCAGACUUUGCUGAAGCUGAUGACACAAUGUAGUGAAACCGGUUUUGAGCUUGAGAUAAAAUCAGCGGACAAUCGGAUUCUCCAGGAAGAGCUGCAAAACAAGUGUUUAGAGAACAAGGAACUACAGGAAACUAUUUGUAAUCUUGAGCAGCAGCUAGCCAUAGUGAAGGUGGAAAAGUCAUACUCCACAUCACAGGGUGUAUCAGACGAGUAUAUUGAUGACCUUAAAAAGAAAAUUCAGUUGCAGGAUAUUGAGAAUGAUAAGUUGAAGUUGGAACUUGUUCAGAGUGUAGAGGAGAGCAGUGGAUUACGAGUGCAGAACCAGAAAUUAUCUGAAGAAGCCUCAUAUGCAAAAGAACUAGCAUCUGCUGCUGCAGUUGAACUUAAAAAUUUGGCUGGUGAAGUGACAAAGCUAUCGAUACAGAAUACAAAACUCGAGAAAGAAUUGUUGGCUGCUCGACAGGUAUUAAAUUCUAGGAGUUCCAUUGCACAAACUGGUAAUGUUCGCCAUCGGAAGCAUGGUGAAAACCUAUGGCAAGGACGUAGAGGUCGGGUUUCUGACCGAGAAAUUGAAGUUCCUGGAGUUGUUCGUGAUGGCUUUGGCACAUGGGAUCUAGAUCCUGAUGAUUUAAAAAAGGAGUUGCAGGCAAGAAAACAACGUGAGGCAGCUCUGGAGGCCACCUUGGUUGAGAAGGAAAUACUGGAAGAUGAGUACCGGAAAAAGGUUGAAGAGGGAAAGAAAAGGGAGGCAACUCUGGAAAAUGAUUUAGCGAAUAUGUGGGUGCUCAUUUCUCAGCUAAGGAAAAAGAAUGGUGCCAGGCAAGAGUUAAAGACAGUAGCAGAAAGGCAGAAUGUUGGAGGAGACAAUAUGAACGAUCCAAAAAUGAAUGAUAAUGAGUACAAUGACCCCAUCCUCGAUGAUGGACAGACAGUGGAUCAUACAACCGCAGUUGCUGAAAUUCUGAAGGAAGACCCUCUUGUUGCCCGCUUGAAGGCUCGGAUGCAAGAGAUGAAGGGAAAGGACCACACAUAUUUGGGGAAUGCAGAUGCAAAUUCACAUGCAUGUAAAGUCUGUUUCGAAUCACCAACUUCUGCAAUGCUCCUUCCUUGCCGACAUUUUUGCUUAUGUAAAUCUUGUUCCCUUGCCUGUGCCGAGUGUCCAGUAUGUCGAACCGAAAUUGCAGAUAGGAUUUUCGUUUUUACUUGAGAUGGCAUUUCAAGUGCUUGAGCGAUGGUGAAAGGAGGGGUUCUGUUCUCUCUUGUGAAGCUCGCUUUUCUCAUGACAAUUCUGUAGAUGGGUUCAACUGUAUGCAAUGUCAAAGUGUUAUACCUUUUUCUUCCCGCACUUGUCCACCAUUUAACUGUAAAUUACACUAGGGGACAAAGGAAACAAAGUCGAAAAUUAGUAAAUUUGAACUCAGGGGUACAGUUUGACCUCCUUUUUAACUUCAGCUGUAUUAUAUAGGACACAAGCUGCAAUGACAAUGUUGUCGUGUAAGUAAAAAUUUUGAGCUUGUACAUCAUUGGGGCUUAAUCUUGUCUCUUCGGCCUGACAUUUCUUAUUUGAUAUUCCAGAUGGUAUAUUUUGUGGUU